UUCUUGGGUGAAACCGUGAAACUUAAAAAAUGCUGUCACAUGUUGAAAUUGAGACAAUGGAAACUUUACUAUAGUCUCAAUAGGGCGACUCAUGUCAGUAAUAACUACACGCUGGCUUCUAUUACGAAAACAACCCAAGACCUUCAACAUAACUGCAGAAAAACCCAAUUAUAGUUUAGUAGAAUACCUUUGACUCAAGGCAUCAACUCAAAUUGGAGUAUUAAGGCAAUUAAUUCAAUCAAUUGCGGCACCUUUGACUCUGAAUAAUCUUGAGGCCCUUUUCCAUUGAACCCUCCUGGCUGGAAUCACUGUCUCCUCCCCCAUCCCUUUUCCAUUGAUGACGCCGCUACCGCAAAUUACCAAGCUCACAAAUUCCGGCGAUUACUUCCUCAUAUUUUUGCCGAGUCGCACCGUUCUAUGACUCGUCAGCCGAUUGAUUUCGGCAACUCUCUCUCUCUCUCUCUCGCUCUCUCUGCAGCUUCCAAUUCCGAAGCAAUCGAUCAAUCCCCCGUUUCUGAAUCGCAUGUGCAUAACGAAAAUGGCAGCCGAUGCGCUAGAUCCCACCCCGAGCCCCCGCACCCCCUCCCGCAAGCGAGCCACUCCGAAAUCGGAUCGAUCUCCGAAAUUUAAACCGAAAUCGGAUCCCACAACCCCCAACCCGGCCAGCGGCGGCUACUCAACCGGAUCCAGCUACAAACUCGACACGUCGGUGACAACCACUUCCGUCUCGAGCCGGACCUCCCUAUCCAGCUUCCGCGACAAUUUACCCGAAAACGCUCACAUCUACGACUUCGCCGAAAUCCGCUCCGCCACCAACAACUUCCUCGCCAGGCGCCACUCCUCCUCCACCUCCUCCUCGUCGUGGCGGUGCACCCUCCGCGGCAAAGACGUCAUCGUUUUCCAGCGGAAGUUCAGGCGCCCGAUGGAUUUGCCGCGGCUGAGAGAGCGCUUGUCGGUGCUCUGCCGGAGCCACCACAUGAGCAUAGUCAAGCUCCUCGGCGUCUCGGUCUCGGGCGACCAUGUGUACGUCGUUUACGAUUUCGUGACCGGCGCCAGCCUGUCGGAUUGUCUUCGGAACCUCAGGAACCCUAACUUCACGGUGCUCUCGAGCUGGAUGUCGAGGAUGCAGGUCGCGACCGACCUCGCCCACGGGCUCGAUUACGUGCACAGCAACGCCGGCAGGCUGAGCGCUGGCUUCGUUCACAAGUAUGUAAAGAGCGGUAGCGUGAUCGUGACGGAACCGUCGUUCAACGCCAAGAUCUGCCACUUCGGCGCAGCAGAGCUGUGCGGCGAGACCGCAGUCGAAGCGGCGGCGGAGGACGUCAAGUCGCCGCCGCGGGCGGUAGACAAGGGAUCGGGCCGGGCUUUCGAAGGAGCGAGGGGGUACAUGUCGCCGGAGUUUCGAUCGUCUGGAAUCGCGACGCAGAAAUCCGACGUGUACGCCCUGGGCGUUUUGAUUCUCGAGCUCCUGUCGGGCGAGGAGCCUCUGAAGUACAAGUUCGACAGGGCGAGCGGCGAUUACCGGAAAAUAUCGGUGGUUGACGCGGCGAGGUACGCCGUGGACGGCAGCGGAGAGGAGGUGGAGGCGAGGGUGAGGAAGUGGGUGGACAGGAGGCUGAAGGACUCGUUUCCGGUGGAGGUGGCGGAUAAGGUGAUACGUGUCGCGCUGGAAUGCGUACACGUGGACCGCGAUAAGAGGCCCAGCAUGCAACGCGUCGCUGGGAAGAUAUCGAAGCUGUAUUUGGACUCGACGGUUUGGUGUGAGAGGGUUAGGGUUCCUACCGAAUUUUCCGUUUCUUUUGCCCCUCGUUGAGGAAUAUGGUCAUUUUUCCGGGUGAAAACGGUAAAUAUGAGUCUGCCCAUUAAUUUAAAACUCUCCUCUCUUUUUUUCUCCUUAUCGUUCCAAUUUUAUUGGAUGUCUCCGAAGGAACCUCCUUUCUUUCUUUUUCUUUUUUUUGGGUAUAUAAUUUCAACCUCUAGAUUUUAUUUUUAUUGUGAUUUGGUGAGGUAUAGGUUGAGAAUGAUUGCACAUGGCAACAAAGGGUUGUUUAGUGAUAGUAAUACUAUAGUCUAUAACAACAGACAAAUGAAUGAUUGUUUUAUGUGACCAAUUAUGGUUCGAAUCUGAAUGAUUUGUUUUUGAA